AUGUGGGCGCUAGGUAAAAUCAUGAGGUGUCCCGAGGUACCAAAGGUUUACAUUGGCUCAUUUUGGCCAUAUUGGUCGGAUAAAAACGUAUUGCUCAGAGAUGCAAUCAAGGAGGAUCUAGACGCCGUCGUGAAAGAGAUAAUCGAUUUGCCCAAUUCAUAUCACCACAAACGUGUCAAUGAUGUAGUCAGAAGAGCCAGAAAUGUUGGCCACCUUCGAAUACACAGCUAUGUGAUGGAUGAAAUUGUGAGACAAAAGAUGUUCUUCAAAAGGACACCAGAAGCAGUCGACACCGAAACAGAACCGCAAAAAUUGCGCGACAUUUACCGCACAAUAGUGAUGAAACGACGCAUCGUUCUGAAUGAUUUACCAGAUCCAGAGACGUUCCAUAACAAAGCUAAAAAAACUGAAUCAAAAGACUGGUCGCGGAUCGAUCCACGACUGGAAAAACUGCUGAAUUCGUUUAUUGACACCGAUGUAUCACCGAUCGUCAAAAGAACGCUGGAGGAGAAAAAAAUUGAUGUUCCUUUCAAAGUACCAAGGAAGGAUUUCAAUAAUUUGGUGAAGCGGAAGAAACUACCGGAAUUCCUGCCACCAAGUUCCUCCGAGGCCGGUUCGCAGAAGGAGGAAAAGAAAUCAGAGAAGGAAGGCGAGCAGAAGAGCCCGAAACACGCUAAGAAACGAUCGAAAAAAGACAGUGAGAGCGGUAGCAAAAAGGAGAAAGGAGAAAGUAGUCUUAGGAAAGAUAAGGAAGAAAACGACGCUGAAAAAGAAAAAGACAAAGAGAGGGAGAGAGAUGAGGGCAGUCCUCCGAAGAGGGAGAAGAGCAGCGCCAAGAAGGAUGAGGGCAGUCCUCCGAAGAGGGAGAAGAGCAGCGCCAGGAAGGAUGAGGGCAGUCCUCCGAAGAGGGAGAAGAGUAGCGCCAAGAAGGAUGAGCGCAGCACGAGGAAGAGGGAUGAAGAUGGGGAAAACGGCGCUGAUGAAAAGGAAAAAGAAAGGUCGAAGAGUAAGCACGGAAGUAAGAGGUCAACGAAGCGGGCCGAUGAAGAAAAGGCUAAGGGGGAAGGAAAAGGCGGGCAUCGUCACAGUGAGAGGGAAGGAGGUACCAAGUUUUCAUUUCAAGUUGUUCAGAUGGCCUAG